UAUCUACAGGGUAGUCAUGCCAUCUUGAGAGUGAAUGUCUCAGGCGUGAACGAUGCGAUUGAGAAUUUCCGACAGGCUGUGGACGGACCGCAUUCAGUGAAGGUACAUUUGGAACUGGAUGCCAAUGGUCUUCUUCAAACGUCAGAGGUGAAUCUCAUAAUAGUUCACGAAGAAGACGAGAAAUCGAGAAUUGAAAAACUCACUGAUGGGAUAUCAAAUCUCUUUGGAUCCGGAGAUCAGAAAGAGACGAAAGAGGACACCGAACAAAAGACCACCGAAACUCUACCUCCAACAACAGAUCAGUCUGAAAGCCCUGAUACAAUUACAAGUCCCAUUUCUAUUGUUUCACUUCAGAAACAAUCUGAGGAGUCUUCAACCACUCAGAGUCCCGAGCCGACUGAAAGCACCACUACCGCGUCUCCUCCUCUUCUACAGAAGAAAACAAUGAUUCAUCCUCUCAUAUUCAACACGGAAAUUCUGGACCCUGUAAAUCCUCCAACUGAAUCAAUUGGCGCGUCUAUGGCAAUUCUUCAUGAAUUUGAGGCCGCUGAUAAAGAGCGUAGUUUGUUACUCGAAGCCAGGAAUCAAUUGGAGCGGACAAUUUACGACACUCGUAGAGAUAUCGAGGAGGAAUUCGCUGAAUAUACAACCAGAGAAGAAAUAGACAAUCUCAGUACCAUCACUAAGACUACUUUUCUGUGGUUCGACGAUGAAGGUCACUUUGCUCCAAGAUCGGCUAUUGAAGAACAUCUCGACAAGUUACGUGAGGCCAUUGACCCCAUCAAACGCCGCAUUAAAGCCUUCACUGAACUACCUCAAGCCCUAACUGCACUGAAAGAGCUGUUGACACGUACUGCAGAGCCUCUUCAAGUUGUGAUGGAGCUGAAUAGUGCCUCAAACACCUCUACUGCAUCAGAGUAUAUUAUGACCCUCAAUGACUCCCUAACCACGGAGGAAGAAAAUAGAAAGACGGGUCUGCCCAUCUACUCACUGGGGGAUGUGGAGAGUAUGAAGAAGAUUAUUGAUGAGACUAAGACCUUCCUAAAAGAGACGAAUGUGGCCCUGAAUAAUUGCGACAAGCGAGCCGAUCCCCCAGUACGCCUGUCGGCAGUCACAGAGAAGGCGGCAGCUCUCUCCGCCAAAUUGGACUACUAUGGUCACAAGGGAGAGAUUUGGUUUGCCACCUACAAACGUCUCUUCGUCAUCAAAAAGGAGGCCCUUGCCAAUGCGGCUAAAAUGGCCAAUGCCACUAUCAAUGCUACUGAAGUUAACGAAACACUUUCUGACCCUCUCAAGGAGGAAGUGGAGGAGGCGGAGGACGCAGAACCAUCAGUGACUACUGAAGAGCCAACCGAAACUCCGAAACCAGAAACAUCAACUCCCCGGUCAGAGCUCUAA